UGUAUCGUAUUAAUAAAGGCUGUGCCCCGCCACAGGCUCGGGAACGCUCCUCUCUCCGACGCGAUUGGAAGUCGACACUCUCGGGGCCCCCGCUGGACGUGGAGCGGCACCAGAGACGAUGGCGGACGAGGCGAAGAGGAAGAAGAAGGACAAAAAUAAGGACGAUAGGGUGACAUUGAAGAAGGAAAUCGGACUUUUGAGCGCGUGCGCCAUCAUCAUCGGCAAUAUUAUUGGCUCGGGCAUCUUCGUGUCCCCCAAAGGCGUCUUGGAGCAUGCCGGCUCCGUGGGACUGUCGCUCAUCGUGUGGGUGUGUGGAGGCGGGAUCUGCGUGCUGGGUUCCAUGUGCUACGCCGAGCUGGGCGUGACCAUCCCCAAGUCGGGAGGAGACUACUCCUACGUGACGGAGAUCUUUGGCGGGCUCAUCGGCUUUCUGUUGCUCUGGAGCGCCGUGCUGAUCAUGUAUCCGACCACGCUGGCCGUCAUCGCGCUCACCUUUGCCAACUACGUGCUGCAGCCCGCCUUCCAGAACUGCCUGCCGCCGUAUGCCGCCACCAGGCUGCUGGCCACCACCUGUGUCUUGUUCUUGACCUGGGUGAACUGCUCUAGUGUGCGCUGGGCCACCCGGAUCCAGGAUGUGUUCACGGUGGGCAAACUGCUGGCUCUGGGCCUCAUCAUCAUUGUGGGACUGGUUCAAAUCGGCCGAGGCUACUACGACGCUCUGGUGCCCAGUGUGGCCUUCGAGUUCAGUCAGGAACCAUCUGUCGGUCAGGUCGCACUGGCCUUUCUGCAAGCGUCCUUCGCUUACAGCGGCUGGAACUUCCUCAACUAUGUCACUGAGGAGGUGGUCGAGCCACGCAAGAACCUGCCCCGGGCUAUCUACAUCUCCAUCCCCUUGGUGACGCUGGUGUACACAAUGACCAACAUCGCCUACUUCACCUCCAUGAGCCCCGAGGAGCUGCUGGCGUCCAAUGCCGUGGCGGUGACGUUUGGUGAAAAGCUGCUGGGCAUGUUCUCUUGGGUGAUGCCCAUUUCCGUGGCCCUGUCCACUUUUGGGGGUAUCAACGGCUAUCUCUUUACCUCCUCCAGGUUAUGUUUCUCAGGGGCCAGGGAGGGUCACCUACCUUACUUGCUGGCCAUGAUCCACCUUAAGAACUGCACCCCCAUUCCGGCCCUGAUGGUCUGCUGCUUCGCCACCAUCGUCAUCCUGUGCAUCGGUGAGACGCACAAUCUGAUCAAUUACGUGUCCUUCAUCAAUUAUCUGUCGUACGGCGUCACCAUCGCUGGCCUGCUCUACCUCCGCAAGAAGAGUCCAAACCUGGUGCGACCAAUCAAGGUGAACCUGCUGAUCCCCAUCGCUUACAUGCUGUUCUGGGUGGUGUUGCUGUGCUUCAGCCUGUACUCUGAGCCAGUGGUGUGCGGCCUGGGCAUGGUCAUCAUGCUCACCGGCGUGCCCGUCUACUUUGUGGGCGUCUGGUGGAAGAACAAACCCAAGUGGAUUUACAAAUUCACAGAGAAACUGACCUACAUGGGCCAGAAGGUGUGUUACGUGAUGUUCCCUCAGGAGGACCCCGAAGCCGAAGCUCUCACGUCAUCCAAAAAUACAGACUGAGCCUUUGUCGCCACCUGAUUGGCGAAUUCACAAAUACACUCUUGUUGAAAUGUGACUUCAAGCACACACACACACACACACACACACACACACACACACACACACGCACACACACACACACACACACACACACACACACACACACACACACACACACAAACACACACACACACAAUUUAAGGGUAUGGUGCCACCCACAGGUUAAAACGUGCACCUGCGGACCUCAAUCUUGUAUCACAUCGAGCACUUCCUGUUUUUCUGACGCACAAGAGCGCCCCCCAAUGGAUGGGAUGCUGACCGUAAUUUUUUACAAUCAUUUUUCUAUGCAAUUUGGCCGUUUGUGUCGACACUAAAACAGCUUUUAACUCAUCGAAAACAGAUUCAAGACAACGUGAAGACUUUAUGAAACUUUUUUUU